GAAGGUCGAGCCCCUCGCAAGAAAAACUUUCACUUCUCCCUUCGACUCCCUUCUUACAUGAUAAAUCAGGUAACGAGCGCAAGCGCGUUAGCUUCCUUGAACUGGUCUGUAUAAUAUUGUCAUUAGUAUCAAGCGAGCAUUCAAACAUUAAUGAUGCGAAAGGGGGAGCACAAGAAGAAAAUAGUCGCGAAAACAUAUGAAUUCGAGCAAUACGUGAACCUCAGUAUUCAAUGGACCCGAUGGAUCUUGAAGUCGAUCGGGCUCUGGCCAAACUCACGAUCCACGAUGAACAAAUACAUUUAUAGGCUGAUAAACAUUCUGUGUUACAGUUUGAUCAUUUACCUGUUUAUACCGUGCAGUCUUUAUACAUUCUUCGAAGUAAAGGACGUCUACCAGAAGAUUAAACUAGUUGGUCCAUUGAGCUUUUGCGUGAUGGCGUUUCUUAAGUACUACUUGCUUAUCGUUCACGAGGAAGACAUCCGCGAGUGCGUCAAACGCAUCGAAUGGGACUGGAAGAACAUCACCUACUCUAAGGACAGAGAAGUGAUGAUAGAAAACGCGAAUUUCAGCAGGAAGUUCGUCGUGGUCUGCGUAUUUUUUAUGUACAGUGGGUUCGCAUUUUAUUACAUAGCUCUACCGAUCAGCGUAGGCAAAAUUCCAGCGCAGGAUCAAAAUCUGACGUUCAUACCGAUGCUGUUCCCAUUUUCAAAAUUCAUCAUAGACACUCGCAAGAGUCCAAUAAACGAGCUUUGCUUCUCGUUUCAAGUGUUAGCCGGCGCGCUAAUGCACAGUAUAACUGCGGUUGCUUGCAGUUUGGCUGCCGUAUUGGCGAUUCAUGCUUGCGCCCAGAUGCAAGUGCUAAUAAACUGGCUGAAUCAUUUGAUCGACGGCCGAUCAGACAUGGAAGACGAUGUAGAUAGGAGACUCGCUAUGAUCGUUAACCAGCAUGUUCAAUUAUUGCAGUGAGUAAGAAUUUUUGUGCUCUGCUGCCACUAAUAUUUACGUGAAAUUUGUAAACUUGCAAUUUGAAGUCAGAAAUUAAAAUGUUAUUUUGAAACUUGUAAUUGAUAUCGUGCUCGACGUAAAUCGAAUUUCAGAUUUUUAGCGCUCAUAAAAAAAACGCUUGAAUCGGUAUCAUUUAUAGAAUUCUUAGGAUCCAUGCUACACAUAUGUGUUCUCGGA